AUGACCUACGCUCGAUUAAGCAGCAACGAUUUCCCACAGCAGAAGCUCGCAGCACAGCGCAUUCAAGCGCAAACUUUCGAUACUCUCAGUAACAGCAAAUGGAGAAACAGUUUCCAUCACCUUCUUACAGCUCUGUGCCUGAACACAUUGUGCUACAGUCCUCAUCAAAGACACCUGAGUCGUCUAGAUCAUCUUCACUACCUAGAGCAUCGACAAUGUCUCCGAAAUUCUUCAUUAGAUAAACUACAGCGCGCCAUUUCUCUUACACAGAGAACCAGUAAUGUGCUCUAUCCGCAGGCGAAAACAAUGACUCAUAACGUACGAAAUACCGCAAAAACAAAGCGCAUUUUCACGUCAUCUAUCCGUGCAACUAAUAGACAACAGUAUAAACAUCGUAUAUCGACAGUCAGAGGUCGAUUCACACUUAACGGAACGUCACCGUCACGUCCGUCACGUCAAAACAUUCCUCCCUGUGUUUCUAAUGGCUGUGUUCACACUCGACGUCAGCGUCCCGGAACGUCUCCGUCACGUCAACGUCACGCAUUCUUUCGAAGAAUGUUUCCCGUCAUGACGAUAAUGGAGUUCGACGAGUAUUUGAUUGAAUUAGUUCGUUCUCAUUCAGAACUAUAUAAUAUGACUGAUAGGAGAUAUAGUGAUUCCGUUUGGAAAGAAACACUGUGGAAGGAAAUUGGAGAAGAAGUGGGGCGUCCAGGCCCUGAAUGCAAGCGACGAUGGGUGUCACUGAGAGACCAAUUUAGAAAAUGUGUUGUUAAAAAAACAAAGAGCGGACAAGCUGCCAUACCCAAGAAGCCAUGGAAGUAUGAGGAGAUUAUGGCUUUCCUGCGCCCAUACAUGCUGGAGCGGGAAACAGUUUCUAACAUAACUGUUGAUAUUUGUUCAGAGGAUGAAUCAAACAGUGAGGUGUCAUCACCUAUUCCGGACAUUGAAAAUAACAGUGAUUUGAGGUCAGAGACAAGCAGGCCUGUCAUGCAAAAGCGUAGUCAAAGUGGCAAUAAGAGGAGAACUACAGACUCUGCAUCUGCUUCUCUGAUGAAUUAUAUUUUAGCGACACAGCCAAAGGAAGAUCACAUUGACAGUUUUCUUUCAGGGAUAUGUGCCAGUAUAAAAAGAUUGUCCCCAUUGCGGCAAAUACAAGCUAAAGACGAAAUUUACAGAAUAGUGUCUGAUCUAGAAAGGGAUCAAGUGUGUGAAAAUAUUAAUAGUGAUAAAUCGUGAACAGUGCUGUUUGUUACAGUUUGGAAGCACUUCUAUGUGUAAGUUGAUUAAAUAAAAAGUCUCUUCACAGUGUA